AUGUUCGCCACGAAUCGAAUCGAGCGAGCUAUCACGACGUCGCCGCGCGUCUCGUCCCCCGCGAAGCGUCGGUCCGCGUCCCGUCGAGCGCCACCCGUCUCGAACGCUAUCCCGACGGACGAGAUGCGAACCCAUCGAUCGAGAGUCGGCGCGGGUGUCGCGGCGGCCGCGGCUUCCCUCGCGCUCGCCGCGCUGAACCCCCACGCCGCGCUCGCCGUGGGUCCGGUUUCCGUCCCCUUCGAUGACGUGCGGUACGAGGAGGUGCCGUGCGAGAAGGGCACGAUGAGCUCGGUGGGCGGAGCCGUCAACGUCCGCGCCGGCGUGACGUGCGUCAAGUUCACCGCGCGCGCCACCAACCCGUCCGCAAAGUGGUUGAACAACGCGGACGUGUACGGUCGCGUGUACGACGACACCGGCAGCGCGGUAACGGACGUCGCGGAGAACAACAGGAUCGCGUACGUCGACGUCGUCCCGGCUGGCACCGGCGACGUGACCUUCGUGCUGACGAUGGGCAAAAAUCAAUUCGACGCGGGCCCGUUGCACUGGCAGGGACUAAAGGCCAGCGGGUUCGCGGGCAAGAUCCUGCCCGGCCAGACGGGGGCGACGGGGUUGCUCGGGGAGAACGAGUGCGACCUGGCGCCGGACCCGGCGGAGUGCGAGGAGGAGCGAGCCCUGAUGGCCAACAUCCGAUGA